UCUCCCACCACCGGAGCGAAGCAAACCGACGAAGCUCUCUCUCGCCUCGCCCCGCACGCGUGGCCACCUCCCCGGCGCCUCGUCUCGUCCUCUCGGCGGCCGGCAGCCGGAACCACAUGGGCCAGGCCCUGCGCGGCGCCGCGGGGCGCGCGAGGGCCCCUCCCUCUCCCGCGCCGCCGGCGAGACCCUCUCCUCCUCCUCGUCCUCCGCCGCCGCAGAGGGCAUCCCCGGCGAGCGCUGGCGGCGGCGGGGCGCAGGACCGGCUCGGCGUGUCCCAGUCCGAUGUCACCGCAUCACCAAAAGAUGCCCCUGGUGUACUAAAGGAGCGUGAUCCAAGUUACGAUGAGAUGCUUAAGCACAUGGUUGGGAGAAUCACUACAAAGCCAGGAGGAAAGCCAGAAAUGGGUGAAGCAUUCGUCGUAGAUCGGUACAACAGGCCACUUCCAAAGGUUAGAACAUCCAGAUCUGAACCCGGGGAAGGUGGGCACAGACAGCUACCACCAGGAACCAUUAACGUGUCGCACGUCCAUGAAAUCAUUCAGCUGUACCAAGGGAAAUCCAGUAACCACCCUGGCCCAAUGAGCGUGGACGAGAUUGCCUCGAAGUUCAGAGUGGAAGCCUCCGUGGUCCAAAACAUUGUGCAGUUCGUCUCGCUUCCACAAGAUGAACAUGUUAACAAGAAAGAGGAAAACUGAGUCGAAAGUGAUCUUGCAGGCUGGCUAACAUAAUUCCUUUGUUCAUGUUUCUGUGUACUCGGUUGACUACUGGAGUUCCAUAGUCUUGCUCAGGUUUCUUUCUUCUUUGCUGAGAUGAGAAUAUGAGAUGUGUUGAUCGAACUAGAAAAAUACAUGCUAUCUGAAUAAAGGUGAAGGCUGCGUUUUGGCCCUUGAUUUGUCAUUUUUCUGGUGGCGAUGAUGCCCAUAAUAAGCAUAGGUUGUUAUAUGCUCUUUUUUCUCACAUUAACUUAUCCUUAUUCAACUCCCAUAUUG